AUGGAUGAGAGAAUUUGCAUAACUGAGGAAGACAAGAUUGAAAGUAGCAAAAUCUCUUGUGCAAGUCUUGGAAGAAAACGUUCGUUCUUCGAUUUGAAUGAAGAAGCUGUGGAUGAUGGAGAUGGUAGCACCAGUGAUGACCCCACCAGUAACAAUGACAUAUCAUCUCAAGAGGGUAAUUUGAGUAGUAAUAAUAACUCUAGUGAAGAAGGGAAAGAGCGUGCAACUACGGUUAGGCAAUAUGUUCGAUCCAAAAUGCCAAGACUCCGUUGGACUCCUGAUCUUCAUUUAGCUUUUGUGCAUGCUGUUGAGAGGCUUGGUGGACAAGAAAGAGCAACGCCCAAGUUGGUUCUCCAGUUGAUGAAUGUGAGAGGACUUAGCAUUGCACAUGUAAAGAGCCAUUUACAGAUGUAUCGAAGUAAAAAGCUUGAUGAAUCUGGCCAAGUUUUAUCCCAGAAUAGGUCAAUGCAAGGAAGGCAUAGUAUUUUCGAUAUGUACGGAAGACUUAAUGCCCCACGACACUUUGGGGUUGACACCAGAAAUUAUGUACCAUCAUCUCUGCUCAUGGAACAAUCACCUUAUCAAAUCAGUGCUCAUGGCUCCUCAAGAUUACACCCAACACAGCUUUUCAAUAAUCACAUGAUGAUAAGAUCAAGUUCAAUGUGGGAUAAAGAUUUGUGUAAUUAUCAGUACCAACGUAGUUCUUGCAGUACUAACUUCACUGGCCAUGCGAAGUUUGAUGCUGAGGUUCAUGAUGUGAAAAAUCGAAUGCCAGAGUUCCUAAACCAGGUUCAAGUAUGGAGACAAGGUGAAGUGAAAGAUCAACUAGAAAGUUUGAAUGAGAAGAAAGGGUGUUCAAGUUUCUGGGAGCUGAAUUCAAGUCAAGAUUCGAGAAACAUUGUUAGAGAUCAGCAUGUGAAGAGAGAUGCAUCAGCAAGUGAACAAGAAAUUAACACCAGACUCUCUCUUUCAUUGUUCACUUCCUCGUCUUCAAAUUCAUCACAGCAAGCACGAUGUAGUGAAAAUCAUAAAGAGGAUAGCCAUGUUGAGAGUUUUUGUUUUCAAAAUUAUGCAGCAAGGAGUCGUUUGGGCUGA